CUCAAUCCACGAGCAACUACCUUGGAUCUGAUUGGCUUCCUCAAACUUACCUGAAGGACGGUAUAUAGUCAGAUAACUACUUCAUUGUUGUGCAAAUGCAAGCAUGUCCAUUAAAUUCCAAAGAUUUGUUAAAAUUACGAUGUCGAUUUCGUACUGGACAGUAUACUUUGAGUGAUUUAACUUCUGAUUCAACCAUCAAUGAACUACUUCAAACAAUUACCUCACUUGUAGGUGUUACACAAUCUCGUAUAUCACUUUAUUAUGGUUAUCCUCCCCAAAAGUUGGAUUGUAGCAUUUCAAGUCUUAGUAAACAUCUCUGGGAGAUCCCUCUUCGUUCGGGUGACAUGCUUACUGUUGAUGUAACGGAAGAAAAACCAACAAAUGUCAACUCACAAACUGUAAAUCAUCAACCUCAUGAACAUGAAAUAGUCACUAAUAAACAAUCUGAAUCACAUAUUGUCCGAUUAUCUGCACCAUCUGAUAAUUCUUGUCUAUUUACAAGUGUUCUUUUCUGUAUGAAUAAUGAAGACAAUCAUUUAAAAAUUGGUGCAGAGGUUGUAACAAAUAUUGCUGAAGUCAGUAAUUUAAGAGAAUUAAUUUCCGGUAUUGUGUUAAGCGAUCCAGUCAAGUAUUCUGAAGCAUUCCUCGGGAUGUCAAAUGAACAAUAUUCACUUCAAAUUAGACAAUCAGAUAAAUGGGGUGGAGGUAUUGAAGUAUCAAUUUUAUCACAAUUAUAUAAAAUUGAAAUAUGUAUUGUAGAUAUUGAAUCAUGUCGAAUUGAUCGUUUUGGUGAAGAUCAAAAUUAUCCUAAAAGAAUUUUAUUAAUUUAUGAUGGUAUACAUUAUGAUCCAUUAGCACAAGAAUGUCCAAAUCGUAAUUGUUUAAUAACUGUAUUUUCAUCAAAUAAUGAUUCAAUUCUUUUUGAAGCUCAACAAUUAGCAUCAAAAGCUCGUGCUGAAUGGGCAUUCACUGAUCUUUCAUCAUUUACAUUACUUUGUCGACAAUGUGAUGCACCAUUAAUUGGUCAAGAAGCUGCACAAAAACAUGCUCAAUUAACAGGUCAUACACAAUUUAGAGAAAUUUUACAUUAAAAAUAUCAAUUUAAUUGAAGUAUAUUCAAUAUAAUUGUUACAUAUCUAGACUGUUGCUUUGUUCUUCUCCCCCCCUCCCCCUCUCUCUCCCCUUUUCUGAUAGUAUUACAAAUUGAAUGUAAAAUAAAUGAUUUGUUUCGCUCAAUGUAUUCGCUUUAGUUUUCUCUCUGUUUUCUUUUUUU